UGUCUACAUGGUACAUUGCAGAAUGUGAGAAUAUGGUGGUUCAGGAAAAGGAGCCUCGAGUUGCAUUUCAGGAAACAUGAGGCAAGAAGAGUUGAUUUAGUGAUCUAAAUGGACGCGAUACUGAAUUACAGGUUGGAAGACACUGAAGACUACUACACGUUACUGGGAUGUGAUGAACUGUCUUCGGUGGAACAGAUCCUAGCAGAAUUUAAGGUCAGAGCCCUGGAAUGUCAUCCCGACAAGCAUCCUGAAAAUUCCCAAGCAGUGGAGACUUUUCAGAAAUUGCAAAAGGCAAAGGAGAUUCUGACUAAUGAAGAGAGUCGAGCCCGCUAUGACCACUGGCGAAGGAGCCAGAUCGCGAUGUCAUUCCAGCAGUGGGAAGCUUUGAGUGACUCGGUGAAAACGUCAAUGCACUGGGCUGUCAGAGGUAAAAAAGAUCGAAUGCUGGAAGAACCUGACCAGACUCCUACCAACAAGAUUGAAAAUGAGGAACAGAACAAACAAAGAGAAAUAAAGAAAGAAGAGCUGGGUUCAACCACUGAGAAGAUGGAGCAAAAAGAAUCUGAGUCCUUGGAGAAGUCAUCCUCCCCACAGAGUCCAGAUUCUUCAAGUUUUUCAGAUGUGAACAGUUGGCACCUUCAUUUCCGCUGGUCUGGGGAUGCUCCUUCAGAACUCCUGAGGAAAUUCAGAAACUAUGAAAUAUGAAAUGUCCCUGCUCAGUAGGAGGGAGAGCAAGUGAGCAAGACCACCCCCUGUGCUGCCAAUAUGCAGUCUUUGUCCAAAUCUUUAAAAUGUCAUGUUUAUAUGUCAUGUUUGUGAAUCGCUGAGUACCGAUUGAUUCCUCCACCC